AUGAUAUUUAGAGAUUAUAACACAAGAGAUAUCUUGCUUAUUAUUUUCUUCAUUUUUUUCCUACAGAAUCAAAUUAAUCAAAAUUCAACCCAACUUCUGAUUAUAUAAAUAAUAAAAUAAUAUACUAAAAAUAGUUUGGAAUCAAACCUAAGUUUGAUUGAAAGCCUAAAUAGACUUUCUAAAUUAUUAUUGAAAAUUUCUUUUAUAAUAACAUUUAAUUUAAUAAAUAUAGUGUAAGUAAAUAUACAUAUUCAAUAUUUUCAUUAACACUAAAUAACUAAAUAUGAUUGUAGUAAACUUUUUGGAACACAAUCAAGUCAUCCAGCUUAUUGUACUAAUGCUGCUUCAGGUACAUCUGCUUGUGUUAGCAGAAAGUGCUCAGAUAAUACAGAUGCAACUGAUAACACAACCUGCAAUGGAUUCUUACCUGGAUGUAUAACAAAUGGAUAAGGUUGUGUUGUUUACAAUACACCAUCUAUAUCUAUGAAAGGAACUUAAGCAAUAUGUGAUAAAUUAUAGGCUGAACAGUUUCAAGCUUUUGAAAAAAUUAAUGUUAUAACUCAUCAAGUGAUACUGCAACAGAUUAUUUCAAAGUUAAAACUUGUGCUCUUGCUGAAAACUAGACUGAUAGCACAUGUGGAUCAUUUUUAGAAGGUUGUGUUUAAAAUGGUAAUGGAGGGUGUUCUGAUCCAAAAACAGCAACUUGUUCUAGUUAUACUGGAGUUGUAGCAUUUUGCGAAAAUGCAGUUGUUGGAAGUAAUGGUGCAAAAUAUUAUUUUAGAGCAUCAUCAUCAGAAUUAUGCAAGACAAGAACUUGCACAGAUAAUACAACGGCAACAAAAGAUGA